AUGGCCCUAGCAGCGCAGACGAGGGCGGUGUUGCUAGUGGUGGCGAUCUCUGUGCUGGGGCUGGCCACCGGCGGCCUCGCGCAGCUGAAGAAUGGGUUCUACAUGGGCAAGUGUGGCGCCAAUGACGUGGAGACAAUCGUGCAGGGUCUCGUCAAGACCCGCGUCGGCCGUGACGCCGCAAUCGUUGCCCAGCUCCUGCGCUUGCAGUUCCACGAAUGCGCCAUCAAUGGCUGCGACGGCGGGCUUUUGAUCGACGGUCCCGGGUCCGAGAAGACGGCAACGCCGAACCUGAGCGUGAAGGGCUACGACUUAAUCGCGACUAUCAAGACGGAGCUCGAGAAGCGGUGUCCCGGCGUCGUGUCUUGCUCCGACAUUGAGAUCCUCGCCACAAGGGACGCCGCCGCUCUGGCUGGUGUGCAAAGGUACUCUGUGCGCACCGGGCGGAGGGACAGACGGCGGUCCAGUGCCGCCGACGUGAAGCUUCCAAGUGAAGAGGAUACGGCCGCGCAGGCAACCUCUUACUUCGCCGGUCUCGGACUCACCCAGUUGGACAUGGUGGUUCUGCUAGGCGCGCACACGGUGGGCGUAACGCACUGCAGCAAGAUCAAGAAGACACGUCUUUACAGCUACGGCGGCAAGACCGGCGCGACGGACCCGAGCUUGCACUCGGACGAUGUCGCCGUGUACAAGAAGUAUGUGUGCCCCAACACAGCCUCGUCGGACAACAACAUCCUGUACCUGGACACCCAGUCCAGCGUCUCUAGGAUUGACAACAGCUACUACAAGAGACUGCAGGGACGUCAUGGCGUGCUCUCCGUCGAUCAGAACCUCUACGCCAACGGCUCCUCCACCAAGUGGCACGUCGACAGGCUCGCCAACACAGACCACUUCUCCUGGCUCUUCCCACAGGCGCUCAUCAAGCUCAGCGAGAUCAACGUGCUCACCGGCACGCAGGGAGAGGUUCGCAAGGUCUGCAGCAGGUUCAACUGA